AUGGUCAAGAUCAUCGUGUCCGCUGUGGCUGCCUUGUCCGCCGGUGUCGCGUCAGCUUUCGGCACCAUCACCGAGUUUCCGACAGAGAUGACCAGUCUCAUGGAUCAAACCGUGGAUCCGUGCACCGACUUCUUUUCGUAUUCGUGCGGGACGUGGUACAAUAAGACCACCCUCCACAGCAACGAGGCUCGCAUUAAUGUGCACUCCGUGCUUGCGGCUGCGGCAGACAAGGUGAUCGAAAAACACCUUGGGCUUGGCUCCCAUCGAAGCCCACGUCAAGGCAAUCCGCAGCGCCAACUCGACCGUCGAAGCCAUUUUCGCGGCGCAACCAUCUCCAAGGCCACCGGCGUACCGCUGUUCGUGAAACUUUCGGUCUCGGCGACCACCCGCAACAUCUUGAGUGCCGUACACCCGGGACUGCCGUUCGGCCAAGAAUAUUUCCACGAACCAUUGUGGGCCACGGUUGAAAAGUCGUACCGCCAAUACCUUGCCACGAUCUUCACGCUGGCCGGCCACGCCGAGGUGGAGACGGCCAUUGACGUCGUGAUUAAGUUUGAACGCAUGAAUGCCGGGGUAGAGCCGUCCAAGCGUAGGCUCCAAGAGGCCGUGACACCCAGGCGGUUGUCGCUCAGCGACGCCAACGCAUCGUACCCAUUGGGACUAGGUCUCCCAUUGCAAGGGUUUGGGUUCGACGUCCACAAAGGGUGCAACACGACCACGGUCCUAGUGAACGACCCCUAUUACUUCGACUUCUUAGAAAAAAUGCUCCGCCGCAUGCACGUCGACGACCUCAAGACGAUCAUCGAGUACAAAGUGCUCGACUUCAACGCUGUCAACACCGUUUGCAAAAGCACGUUCGGACUUCUAUGA